CCUCCCAGUUUGCUGCUGAGUAGUUUGCAGCGCUAGUGACGCUCAGACAGAGCAUGAGGAUUGCAGUGCUGCUGUGCGACAGGCCGGACUCGCUACUCUGUGCUGCUGAUACUCUCAGGUGCUCCAAAGCAAAGAGACUGCUUAAAUAAGUCUCUGAAUGAAAAAGUGGACAGCAAAUGGAUUUAGGCUGCUUUUUAACUUUCAGUCUCGAAAGGAUUUCUCGGUGACUGCAUGCCAAGCAAAUCUGCCUUGAUGUAUUCUGCUUGGUGAGGCACCAGAUGUGAGAAGGACGGAUACGAUCUAAACUGUGAGCACUCACCAGAGUGGGGAGCCCUCUCAUCUGGCCCAGGGAUCCGAUGCCAAAGUUUCAUUGCAGCUCUAAUAUUGGAGGGAUUAAUUAAAGGGACAGGGCGCUGGGCAGCCGGCGAGUUAUUGGUGAAGCAAAUCGUCUGGAUUUAUCUAGCAAUUUGUCUGUGCCUAUACAAUCCCCCUUCUUCUUACAGUAUGCAACAAUCAGAUUGGUUACAUCAUGGAUGUUUUUCACUCGGGGGGAUUUGGGUUUUUUAAUGCGGAUUUAAUCGCAGAAAUACUACUAAAUCGCUAUUUUUGUGCAGCUUUUGUGGAGAACGUUGCAAAGGUGGAGCAAGCGAGGGCAGCAGAUGACGGACCCAUUAAUCCUGUCAGUGCUUGGGAGCAGCGCCGGGACCCAGGAAGCGCUGCCGUCUGAAUCGCCUCGAUGCUUCGAUCUCCUAUUGAUCGCAGAUGAAACUAGCGAUUGUUCCUUUUUGCGGCAGAAGCGAUGCUUUUUUUUUUCUCUCUCCUAGCAAUUCACAUCGCUAACAGUAGUUAUGGUAAAGUGACCAGCCGCUGUCCAUUUGCGGUGCCAGCGAUCUGUUGCAGCAGCAGAGCUCCAGUGGUCUGGAUCUCAGAUGUCAUGUAGAAGGAUGUGUUUGGGUGAAGCGCUUCCAUACAUUUAUCUGUGGAUGCGAUCGAGGUGAUCGAGAGGAAGUGGCGAUUCCUGCUGUGCUGUCUUGGAUUUUUUUUUUCUAAUCCAUCCUAUUCCCCCGCACUGGAAGUCCUCCUGUAUCUAAAUGGAAUUAGUGGAGAUCGAAGCCCCUUGUGUAAGGAACAGACAUGAUCCAUGGGCGCAGUUUGUUUCACAUUGUAACAAGUCUAAUUAUUCUACAUGUGUCUUGGGCAACAAAAACAGGAGAAGACAAACAGACCACCACAGAAGGGCAGAAACCAGUAGAGUGUGGUUCUUGGACAAAACAUUCAAAUGGAGGCACGUUCACAUCUCCCAACUACCCCAACAAGUACCCUCCUGACAGGGAGUGCAUCUACAUUAUAGAAGCGGCCCCAAGACAAUGCAUUGAGCUCCAUUUUGAUGAAAAUUACUCCAUUGAAUCUUCUUGGGAAUGUAAAUUUGAUCACAUUGAGGUUAGAGAUGGACCAUUUGGCUUUUCUCCAAUCAUUGGGCGCUAUUGUGGACAGCAAAGCCCACCUUUUAUAAAAUCAAGUGGAAGAUUCCUUUGGAUUAAAUUUUUUGCUGAUGGUGAACUGCAAUCUUUGGGGUUUUCUGCACAAUAUAAUUUUACACCAGAUCCUGAUUUUAAAGACCUUGGAAUUCUAAAGCCUUUACCAGUUUGUGAAUUUGAAAUGGGGGGCCCAGAAGGAAUCAUUGAAUCCAUGCAAAUUGUGAAAGAAGGAAAGGCUUCAGCAAAUGAGGCAGUAGACUGCAAAUGGUAUAUUCGUGCACCGCCUCGCUCCAAGAUAUACUUGCGAUUUUUGGACUAUGAAAUGCAGAAUUCAAACGAGUGCAAACGAAAUUUUGUGGCUGUGUAUGAUGGGAGCAGUUCUGUGGAAGACCUGAGAGCAAAGUUUUGCAGUACAGUUGCCAAUGACGUGAUGCUUUCCACGGGACUUGGAGUAAUCCGAAUGUGGGCAGAUGAAGGCAGUCGAACUAGUCGUUUUCAGAUGCUCUUCACAUCUUUUCAAGAGCCUCCAUGUGAAGCAAAUUCAUUUUUUUGUCAUAGUAACAUGUGUAUUAAUAAUACAUUGGUCUGCAAUGGAAUUCAGAACUGUGUAUACCCGUGGGAUGAAAAUCACUGCAAAGAAAAAAGAAAAUCAAAUCUCUUGGACCAGCUUACCAAUACAAGUGGGACGGUGAUUGGGGUUUCCUCUUGCAUUGUUAUCAUCCUCAUUAUUAUAUCUGUUAUAGUACAGAUCAAGCAACCUCGUAAAAAAUUUGUCCAAAGGAAAACAGACUUUGACCAAACAGUGUUUCAGGAGGUGUUCGAGCCCCCACAUUACGAGUUAUGCACUCUCAGAGGCACAGAGCCUACAGCUGACCUGGCAGAUGUUGCAGAUGAUUUUGAAAAUUACCAUAAAUUACGGAGAUCGUCUUCAAAAUGCAUUCAUGACCAUCACUGUGGAUCCCAAAUUUCUAGCAUUAAGGGCAGUCGUAGUAACCUGAGUAUGAGAGAUGCUAGCUUAUUAUCAGAAACACAAAGCCAGCCUGUCAAGCCGCUAAACAGAAGAAACAUCCUGGUUAUGAAGCAUAGCUACUCGCAGGAUGCUGCAGACACGUGUGACAUUGAUGAAAUUGAAGAUGUCCCCACUACAAGUCAUAGGCUGUCCAGGCAUGAAAAAGCUGUCCAGCGGUUCUGCCUCAUUGGGUCUCUAAGCAAACACGAAACAGAAUACAACACAACUAGGGUAUGAAAAGAAACUCAAGGAUGAAAAUUUCUAAAAUAUUUCUUUUGCUUUCAGAGAAGAUGUCUUUUUACAAAACUAGGAGACAAAUGAGUUUGUUCUUAAAUGUUAUAACCAUCUUUGAACAAAAAAAGACUCUGUUCUACUUUCAUUCCACUGCCUUGUUACAAAUGUAGGAUAAACAGACAUUUCUACCCUCAACAUGAUGCUCCUGCUACUCAAUGACAUUUGUUGUAAUUUGGUUGCUGGCCACCAAGUGCUCCUUAGUUUUUAAGUACAUUUUGAAAUUUACUGGAUACUUGAAGAAGAAUCUAGUUACUGAUUGCAAAUAUCCCAAGCGCUUGCUUUCGAAGACCGAAUUGUGCAUUUCGUUUUUAGUUAGUGAACAUGGCAUGGAAGAUGAAGGGAAAUAUCACAGAACAAUUUCUUAUUCUGCAUUUGUACAUGAUUUUCACAUUACUAACUACUUGAAAUUUCCUGGUUUAUAACGUUUGUUGAAGAUCAGUUUCAAACAGCGGACACUAAUGUUAUUGACAUGUUUUCCUAUUUGUCAAACAAUGCAGAAAAUAACACGAUUGGAAACAUUGGCAAUAAGAAAUGUGUGUUUUUAUUGUAAUGCCACACAGCCAUUACAGUGUUUCAUUAAAAUGUUGUAUGUCUUUUUAUUUGAAUUCUCCAUUUCAUCAGCAGGUGUCACCAGGAGUGGGAUGGAUACCAUGUAGGGGGAAUGACUGCCAGUCUUGUAACUUAAAGGUGGGAGGUGGAAAGUAUUUGACUAUUAAAAAAAAAUGUACAAAGCAUGCAUUAUCAUUUAACGUCAUUACGGACUCAUUACAUUUUUUUUUUUUGCUUGCACAUUGUACUUUUUGAUAUAUUCAUACAUAUAACAAUGGUUAGAAUUUCCUACAACUAUGCUUUCAUUACCUUCUGCAAGCUUAACCUGAAGACAAAAGUUUGACCCGAAGAUAAAAAUGAAAAACUUUAAGCAACCGCCGAAUAGAUUUCUCUACACCCAGUGAUGCAGCAUUGCUGUCAACAAGGUUUCCAGAAACCACAUAUAGAUCCCCAUGCUAAGUUUCUUUUACUGUUAAGUGAUGGGAAACGUAGAGAUAUUUUUCCAAAGCAAAGAAGACUUUUCAGUGUAUUUGUGUUACAGAACUGAAUGAAGUACUAAAAUAAACUUGUUUAUAUGUUAUUUUUUUAAACAAACUAACAGCAACAUAUUGUAUCUGAUAAAAUGUAUUAAAAUAUACUUUAGAAAAAAAAAUGAUUUCGCUGGUGGCCUGGUUAACAAGAGUGUGUCUCAUAUGCAGCUAUUAUGAUUAUUGUGGCUAAAAAUGGUAAGCAUAAACAUAAACAAUGGUUACACCCUCAAAUGUUCUUUUUCUGUUCCACAGUCAACGUAAAAGAUUCUUACUCCUGCCCUCUGGUAGUUUUUUGUGUACAUCUUCCUUAUUAUAAUGUAUGCGUCAUGUAUUGUGGAAAGUCAGUUGCCCUUUCAAUAGCUAAGACUCUUAUUUUGUAUAUUUUAUUGAGCUUUUUAGAAUAGGCAGUACUUAGAUAGUUUCCUUUCCUACCCCAUUUAAUCUAAUCGGGACUUAAGAAGCAAAGAUAUGUAUCUCUUUCUCGAUAUUAUGUAAAUAAAUCUAU